AUGUGUCUGGCUUUCGUAACCGUAAAGCGAGACCAUGUGAACUACUUCGAUGCAUCCGUCGGAUCUCUCCUCAGCGGGCUGGAUGAUACAGAGCGUCGUGCUCUCUCAGUCAAUGUGCUCUUUGCCAACACUAAUCCUGAGAUUCACCCUAGCUGGGGCCAACUGUGGAUGAAUCGGCUAGUUGAUUCGGUAUCCUCAUAUAAUGUAUCUGAAGAGGAAUUUCAGAGGCUUCGAAGCCUUGAAGAGAGUCACAACUGGUAUGAAAAGGGCGUUCACGACUAUACGUACGUCUUAGAUCAAUGUUACGUUACCGGUACUCCAUAUAUAGGUAUCUUCGAGGACGAUAUUAUCUUUGCGGACGGAUGGCUACCGAAAACUCUCCGAGCUCUCCAUGGCAUAGACCACGAAUUGAAAGCCGAGAAUUGGUUAUAUCUUCGCCUUUUCUACACCGAAACUUCCCUGAGUUGGACCAGCGAUGAUUUUGCAUACAGCCAUAUGGGCCUCGUUUUUCUUCUCACAAUGAUUGCAGCCUGCGGUGCUCUCUUACUUACUCGUCGAACGCUGCCCAGCACUCGUCGACAUCUAGAUAUCGCGACCAUCACGGUGAUUUGUACAAUUACAGUUCCUGCGUUCACCGGCCUAGUUUUCAUGAUAGGGAAAUGUAAUAUAACACCCAUACGCGGCCUUGUGGAGAUGAACAAGUAUGGUUGUUGUACGCAGGCCCUGAUUUUCCCUCGUGAUCAAGUACCAAACCUGGUCAGCUUCCUACGCGAACGCAACGAAGGGCAGACGGACUCCUUGAUUGUAGAAUAUGCCGAUGGGCAAACUCUGCGUCGUUUUGCUCUUGCGCCGUCCCAGGUCCAGCAUGUUGGUAUUCGCUCCAGCCGCGACAACUUGGAAAUCAAUACCCGCAGUACGUGGGCGUUCUGGUUCGAAGAAAAUGAUCCUUUGGCUUUACGUCGGGAACAUGAGUACUCCGUAGAAAGGGGUGACAUGAAUUUCAGUGAAAAUGCUGAUUGA